CCACACCCACACACACACACAUGCACACAGGAGGCUGGACACUGUGCCAGAUACACCCAGGUAAGCAAUUUGUUGAAUUGCAUGUCCCACACACACACCCACCCACACACACAUGCACACAUACCAUACACACACACACACCUACACACAUCACACAGGAGACUGGAAACUGAACCAGAUGCACCCACUGUUCAGGAGCAGCUGGCCAGGGAUCUGUAUGAGGCUGUAGAGAAUGAUGAUGUCAGCAAAGUGAGGUCCGUUUUGGGACAGGGGGCCAACCCCAAUCACCAGCUCUACUGGAGUGAGGAGCGGACUAAGAAGCUUUAUAAUUGCCCUCCAGUACACCUAGCAUGCUACACGGGCUACCUGGAGAUCACUAGAGCACUCGUUAGUGGUGGAGCUGAUAUAGAGAAAGGUGAUAGAGUAACUGGCUUGACUGCAUUUCACUAUGCGUGUUAUGGAGGACAUAUGGAGACUGUGGUGUACUUGGCACAGGAGGUGACAUGUCGCAUUGAUGUGAGGGACAAGGUAAACCUAACACCACUACACAGGGCUUGUGUGGGAGGAAGUAUACAAGUUGUAAAAUACCUUGUGGAGGUACUCAAGGUUGAUGUUGAUGUGACUGAUGUUCUUGGCAGGACUCCUCUUGACGUGGCAGUAGACUGGGGUCACACUGAAGUUGCUGAUUAUCUCCAGUCUCUGCAACCCUCCACUCCUAAAGCAGAUACUCGAAAUGGUUCCGAACAACUUCUUUCUAAUUCAAUUGUUGACAAGACCUCAUCAAUGACCUCUGACCCUCUCUCUGGUCAACAGACACCCAGUGCUGGCAAUGAACAACCAGAAACAACUGAUACUCCAAAUGGUUCCACACAACUUUCAACGGAUGACCAAACCUUGUCAAGCACUCCAUUGACUGAGGAAGACUCUGAUGCUCUAGAAAAGCUGCUCCUAGACAACAAAAUUUCUUUAACUGGUGACAGGACAUAUGAGGCAGUAGUCCACCACCUUCGUGAGCUCGGACACGGGAAACUAGCUGCCAACCUCAGAGCAAACCUCGACAAAGUUAUCAAAUGGCAGCGUCGAUACCUCGAUAGACUCAUGACUUUAAUGGUUGAUAAAGAAACAAUCGAUAUGUGCACUCUGAAACUGUGUCUAGUUGGUCCGCCUCACGUUGGGAAAACAACCACACUCAAUCGUCUACUGCAAGUGUACGAAAACAUUCAAUCCGCUGGAGACAAGGCGAAACAUCCAAGCACUCUACUAGCUAACUGUAUCCAAGUUAUGGCGUUGAUUAAUAAAGAUGAGUGGAUAUCUUCCAAGGAUGUCGAUGAAGAAGCCAAGAUGAUAUUUGGUUAUCUAUGUGGCAAUUUAACUCUCGAUGAAAUAGAUAUACCCAAUGAAGAAUCGACAAAGGCCACCCGAUCUGAAGAAACAGUACCUUACAAAGUCCACACACAAACUGUACAACAAGCCACACUUACCGACUCUGAGGAUAAAGCCGCUGUAACCCACAGCAACAAACUAGCACAGGUCAUUCUUCGACUGCAAAAGCUGAUAAAGAGCGGAAACUACUCCCAAAUGGCCAAAUGUCUUGGCAACACCUUGCUGAACAUAAACGAUGUCGGAGGCCAACCAGAAUUCCUUGAAAUGCUACCAGCCCUGAGCAAUGGUCCUGCCAUGUAUCUAGUGUUCUUGGAUCUGAGCAAGGAACUUGACAAGCCCUACAAGAUUCCCUUCUGUCGUGAUGGUAAAGUCAUCACUCCUUAUAAAUCAAUGCACACAGUGAAAACCGCAGUCUCUCAAAUCCUCUCAUCCAUUGCUAGUGUGCGUCACAUGUCGGAAAUUUCGAAGCCUCUCUUAAAAACUCCUCAGUUGAAGGAAAAAUUUGAAGCUUUUCUCACUGUCCCUCCAGUGGCAGCCCUAAUAGGUACCCACAAGGAUAAGCUUGGUGGAGACUCAACAGAUGGUCCAGAAAAAGAAAGAUUGACCAGAGACAAACUGCUAGAGAUAAACGCAGCAUUGAAGCCAACAACCAAAACUUUCGAGAAAAUUUUAGUUUUUCCCAAGCAAGAAAGUAACACUUCUGAUGACACUGCUGAUAAAGAUGCUUCUGACAGGAUGUCCUUUUUUGCCCUAGAUAACAAUAAAGGCACAGAGAACGCCGAAAUUUCUCCGUUACGUGGCUUAUUAAAUAAACUAUUUUACUCUCGCUUCAGCAAAACCUCUCUUCCAAUAUCAAAAAAUUGGCUUGUACUAGGAAUUAUUCUUCGAAAGGAAUAUCAAAUUGUUACAGUAGAAGAUUGUAUCGAAAUAGGCAAAAGGUUGGAGAUGGAUGAAGAAGAAACCACAAUCUGCCUCCUCUACCUUCAUAGUAUAGGAUCGAUCCUGUACUAUACGGAUGUUCCCAAUGAUGAUGAUCCCCGCUGGCUCCUCAAAGGUCACGUCAUCUGCUUACCUCAAGUGAUCUUCGAUAGCAUAAGCCAACUGAUAAUCGUUUCAAUGCAGAAUGUGCAUGGUGGAGGCCUCAACACCGAGUUUGAGGUAGCAGAAUUGAUCAUGAAAGGUCAGUUCUCACUAGAGGCCAUCGAGAGACAUUGCAAACUAGAUGUUCAAGUUGCCAAAAAUCUGGAAAAAAAUGUUCUGAUACCAUCUGGACCGCUUGUAAAGCUUCUCAAAUACCUCAACCUUCUCUCUGAGAUCACACAUAAAGAUGAAGAUGGUGAACGAAUCACGUACCUCAUGCCGGCUAUUUUGAACUGUGCUUCACAAGACGAGCUGACCAACCCACCUCAACCAGACACCAACAACCCAGAACCACUCCACAUCACAUUCAGCUUUGGUUACGUACCAACAGGAGUCUUCUGUGGGCUCAUCACUCGACUAGUUUCCCAAGGCCCUCAUGGAAUUCUCGGAUUGACGUGGGAAUUGGUGGAAGAUGGCGUCAAACGAAAUUAUGUGGAAUUUCUAGUUGCCAAAUCAAACAAGAUCACGUUGCUAGCACAUGCUCGAUGCUACGAAAUUAGAGUUGUCCGUCGUCUCUGUCAGGUCUCUCUCCAUGAUCUUUGUACCUACGUUCUUUCGGUGAUGCUCUACACGCUCAAAAGCCUUUACCCACAGUUGGUUCCACAAAUUGCAUUCCAAUGUCCGUGCCCUGAUCACCAGACAAGUGGAAGUAUGGAUAAUCUGUGUGCCCUUGCAAAGGAUUUCUGGGUCCAGUUUCUCUGUAGACACAAGUCAGUCACUCUCAGGAAAUAUCAGCAAGUGUGGCUGGGAAAGGUUGCAAGCAUUGGUCAGAAGGCAAGCUUGUGUGUGCUCAAGUUUGUUAGAAAUCCUGUAAAGCAGUUCUCCUUUGAUUGGAGCAAAGUCGGAGAUGAUGACACAGCACCUGUUCCCAGCAAACCCAACACUGUGAGCUUCCCGAGUGUGAGAGAGGAGGACUUUGGUCACUACCAGUGUGAAGUGAAGGAUGCAGCUGCUGGGAAAGUGCUCCUCACUCUCUACACAGCUCUCUACAAAGAGGACACAAGUAAUGCAGUGACUCCACUAGCCACUCCACACACAACCACUCAGUCAGUUCAACAAUGUGAGUUGACAGCGACUACAGCUCAGUUGAGUCAAGAGUGCUCGGAUGAAGCUCUUCUCCAGUUGUCUACCGAGAUAGCUGGCUAUGACAGAUGCAAGCACAGGCUGGGCCUCAGUGAUGCUGAGAUUGAGAAUAUCAAUCAGACCAUUGAUAAUAUCCCAGGCAGAUUUCACGCUGCUCUAAAGAAGUGGAAGAGUAAAAGCAUCAUUUUCGAUAAUCCAUCGAAAUCGUCAGCUACUUACGGUCGAUUAGUGGAAAUUGCCUCAGAGAUUGAGGACGGAGAGGCAGUUCGCAGCAUUCACAAGGCCUGUGUCAAGGAUACAUUUCAGCCACAUAAGACGAUAGUGACAGCGACUACAGCUCAGUUGAGUCAAGAGUGCUCGGAUGAAGCUCUUCUCCAGUUGUCUACCGAGAUUGCUGGCUAUGACAGAUACAAGCACAGGCUGGGCCUCAGUGAUGCUGAGAUUGGUGCUAUUGAUCUGACAAUUGUUGGUAUUCCAGGGAAAUUCCUCGCUGCUCUAAAGAAGUGGAAGAGUAAAAAUAUUCUCCAAUUCAAUCCAUCGAAUUCAACACCUACUUACGGUCGAUUAGCGGAAAUUGCUACAAAGAUUGAGGACGGAGAGGCAGUUCGCAGCAUUCACAAGGCCUGUGUGGAGCAUACAUGUGAGUUACAAAUGUACCUAGUUUAUGAUCACUUCGACCAUUACCUUUGUGAGCUUGCUUGUCAGUACAGUAGUGCCAUGCAAUAGUGAAUUGUAUAAUUAUAGUAAGAACAGCAUUCCAAGUGUUUGCAAUACACACUGUCAAAAUGGUAUUGGAUAUAAUUAUACUGCAAGUGUAGGUUUGCUAGUUGCUGACUCUUGUGUCUCCCUCCCUCCUCAUGCAGGACUGGAGGUCAUGGAUCAGUCAAGACCAUCAUACACUACCAACACUUAGACACUUAGGACAAUGGCCUGGAUUUAUGUAUUUUAAGUUUGUUUACUUGCUCUUGUUAUUUAUUUUGUGUGUGCAAUUGAAUUAUUCUCCUCUA